AAGUGAAGCUGAUGAAACCUAGGAUUUCCGAAUCUCGCAGGCUGCAUUAGUCGAAGGUAAGAAAAGUACAACAGGGUAGUGGAUACGAACAGUCGAAAGAACAUCGAAGGGACAAAAGCGAAGACCAAAGAGUGCGCGAAGCGACAGCAAAAGUCGACACGGUCAACAAUCGUGAGUCCUUAUAUAAAUGUAUUGAAAUACUCGGGGAAAUGUCGCGUAAUUAUAGGAAAUUUAAUAUUCUCGGAAGGGAGUCGAAUAUUCGAAUUCUUCUACCUCCAGAUGGAGCCAACAUUACUAAAUAUUUAGAAAAUGCUUUUCGGGAAAUCCACGACUACGCGGUAAAUUCGGAUGGUGCGAACAACUACGUGGAGUUGAUGCUUGCUUCUUCGGACUUAACGCGGGGACUGGCGGAUAUAUCGCUUCAUUCCGCUCGGGAUUUAACCUACAACGAGAUUUGGAAUCUCGUGAAUUCGUUAGCGCAGAGUGCCGGAGGUCAUGAUAUUUUAGAACAUUUCAAAAUUAAUAUUUUCAAUGUCGCGGCACCUUCUGAUCAUGAAAAGAAAUAAUAUAAACUAACUCACGAAGAUAUAGCGAAACGCUCGAUCCUUACUAUAAACAACUUUAACAAUUUGUGCUUUCCCCGUUCACUCGUCGCUGCGAUAGUGUACAACGAACGCGGCAAUGUGCGCACAGGAGAAAUGCAUGAUAAAUGGAAUUCCGUGAGGAAGCAAUAUUCUAUAUUACAACGAGACCUAGCGGUCCAAUUGACACGGAAAGCCGGUGUCUGUAUACCUGAAGAAGGAUAUAGUAUUCCCGAGAUUGAGCAUUUCCAACAUUAUUUUGUCAGCAACGAUAUCGUGAUCGUCGUUUAUUACUUUAGUUCCUUCGUACGUGGUGAGCCCCCCAUGUACGAUGGUAGCAGCGUACUCACCUCCCACGGGCGCGAAGCUAAAAUGACUCUGAAUAUUAUGUACUACGAAAAAUCCCGGCAUUACAAUCCAAUAUUAAAUUUAAAAGCUGCAUCGGGCCGCCAAGGUUAUUGUGUACGUUGUACUAGCGGAUAUAAGCUGGAAAGAGGACAUCAGUGCUCAAACGCAUGUCCACGGUGUCACGGCGUUCCAGCGUGCGAGGUAUCGGGCGUAGAACUAAUACGAUGUGCUGCGUGUCAACGUGAAUUUUACGGGUCGGUGUAUUUCAAGCGUCAUUGCGCGCAAAAAUCGCUUCAAGGCACUUCAUCUUUGAGCAUCUGUAAUAUCCUGAGAGUUUGCAGCGACUGUGGCCGUUUGCGAAACUUGAGGAACAAUCACAAUUGCAAUGAGAUCUUUUGUCGUGUUUGCAAGGCGUUGCAACCAAUGAAUCAUCUAUGUUAUAUGAAACUACUUCGAUGCGACACUGGUUCAUCCGACACGAUGAAUCCGUAGCGAGUAGGAAACGAAAACGUAGUUGAUGACAUUGGCGAAGCGACAGAAACAAGUAAGCGCGUAAAAAGUCACAUCGCGUUUGUGUUCUAUGAUUUUGAGACACGUCAAGACGAUAUGAUCGAAGGCAUAAAAAACGUUAAAACUCACGAUGUGACGCUCUGUGUUACACAGCAGAUAUGUGAAAGCUGCAUGAAUGCAGACAAUAUGGCGUUGCGAUGUCGUUGGUGCGGGAUACGCGAAUUUAUAUUUCGAGACAAUCUGGUGAAACAAUUCGUCGAUUUUGUCACGAAACCGAGGAAGAGUUUCAAACAGAUCAUCUGCAUCGCACACAAUGCAAGCGCAUUCGAUGCGCAAUUUAUCCUAUGGUACUUGGUCGAGAGCGGUAAUCGGGUGGAAUCUAAGCUUAUUUUAAAUAGUACGAAGAUUAUAUUGUUAACUGUUGGGCAAACAAAAUUUAUCGACAGUGUUAAUUAUAUGCCUAUGCGUUUGUCAGCAUUACCAAAAGCCUUCAGGUUAAAGGAUACUGCAAGCAAAGGCCUAUUUCCGCAUUUAUUUAACACUGUCGAAAAUCAACAUUACAUCGGACCGAUACCAGAUGCAAGAUACUAUUCUCCCGAAACGAUGAGACCGCCUGAGCGUGAGCGGUUUUAGAAUGGUACGAGGAUAUGGUGCGCAAAAACAUAGAAUUUGAUUUCCAACGGGAAAUUGUGAGCUAUUGCCGGAACGAUGUCGAUAUUCUUCGACGGGCUUGUCUUGCGUUCUGUAAGAUUUUCCUGGAUCGUGGAAAAGUAUGUCCGUUUGAAGAAUGCACAACCAUCACCUCUACGUGCAUGAGAGUUUUUCGUAAAAACUUUCUGUGUGAAAAGGAGAUAGAUAUUAUUCCUUCGGGUAUUCUAUCGGCGUGUCAACAAACAAUCCUGCAAAGCGUUGAAAUGGUUGUUGUGGAUGGAGCGCGAGCUCGGUCAUAUUAUAACACAUGCAGGUAGAUCUCGCGAACAUCGCAUACCGGAAGGGCUGCUCGUCGAUGGGUAUUACGAGACAACGAAUCCUGCGCAAAGACACGUGUUGCAAUUUCACGGGUGUUUUUGGCAUGGAUGUCCCGCGUGUUUCAGGGUGAAUCGUGAUACCCCGCUCUCGACCACCGUGAAGGGGGAUACUAUUGAGUCGUAAUACGAGCAUACACGCGUGAUAACACCUCAUCUACAGAAGCUUGGUUACAUCGUAACGGAGAAGUGGGAUUGCGUUUUCGAUCGGGAGUUGCAGGACAAUCGACCGAUGCGCGAUUUCCUUGCAAAUCACUCGAUGUUAGAAACUGAGCCUCUCGAUCCUCGCGAAGCGUUCUUCGGUGGUCGUACAGGGAACAUCGUCACCCGGUGCGAUGUUACGGAUACGGAGAAGAUACGUUACGUAGACGUAUGCUUCUUGUACCCGUUUGUGCUAAAGACGCGCUCUUUUCUCCUCGG